CUGGUGGGUCUUGCCCAGAGAGGGAGGGAGAACAAGCAAUACGUCAAAUGUGAGAGAAGUCCGCUUUUAAAAUAUUAAUCUUAAUUUAUUCAUUCUUCAUCUCAUUAAGGAAUAUCGUAACAGUUUUACUCACUGGAAUUAUUCGCUUGGUGUUAAGGUCAAUGAAGAUGCCUUCUGUGAAGUAUCAGAGAGGGGAAAUGGUAAUGGGCCGCUGGCCUGGCAGCAAUCUGUAUUAUGAGGUGAAGGUGCUGGGCUAUGAUACAAAAAGUCAGCUUUUCACCGUCAUCUACAAGGACGGCACGGAGCUGGAGCUGAAGGACCAAGACAUCAAGAAUAUUGCUGGUUUCCAGACCCGGUCUCGCUCCCGCUCCCGUUCUCGUUCACCAGGCCGCCGUCGUAGCCGGUCUCGUUCCCCAGCGAGAACCACGCGCCGCUCUUCAUCCCGCACAGCAGCCGCUGUCGCUGCUGCAGCUAUAACAGAAAGCGCACCUUCUUCCCGCAGGGAUGCAAAGCUGAAGGAUACACUAGAGGUCAGGCUCAGUCCCCUGCAACAGACAAGUGCAGCUGAGAACAAUAGCAACAAUAAGCAUGAAAAGAAAGAGGAGAAUAACACUGCUAACAAAGUAAAUGAGUCUAAGUCUAAGGUAGAAGCAGAGCCUGAGCUGAACCAAGGCCGUUACAAUCUGCGCCGCAGGAAGGAAGAUGGAGAUGCUAAACCAGCUGAGACCAAACCAGAGCAGCUGGAGGAGAAGGAUGCCAAAGUGGCUGCAGCUGCUGUUGCCACCCUCUCCACCCCGCUUGACUUUGGCGGGAAGAUAGGAGCGUACUUCUGGCUGCUGUUUCUUCCAGCCUGGGUUCUCUUUGUGGUACUCCAAGUCAAUUUGGAGGACCCCAGUCUGAUCAACUUCCCUCCCCCUUUGCCCCCCCUUGAAGAAUUCUGGGAUGCCCAGGCUCUUGGAUUUGUCAUCCUCUGGGUCUUAUUCCAGGCCCUGCUCUACAUCCUGCCUUUUGGAAAACUGAGCGAAGGCAUGCCACUGAGGUCUGGGGAGAGGCUGAAGUACAGAACCAAUGGUUUCUUUGCCAUUAUGGUGAGUGCUCUAGCAGCAGCUGCAGCAGUGUACCUGGGUGUUGACCUAACAUACAUCCACAGCCACUUCCUGCAGCUGGCUACGUCCACCUUUCUCAUCUCCGUCCUGCUCAGUGCCUACCUGUAUGUCCGCUCUCGUUACGCUGAACCAGCACAGCUGGCACUAGGAGGAAACUCUGGCAAUGUGGUUUAUGAUUUUUUCAAAGGACGUGAGCUCAAUCCCCGCAUCAAAAACUUUGAUCUGAAAUUCUUCUGUGAGAUGCGCCCUGGUCUCAUUGGCUGGUGUUUGAUCAACUUUGCAAUGGCGCUGGCUGAGAUGAAGGAGCAGCGUCUGGAUGCUCCAUCUUACUCCAUGAUCCUUGUGAACCUCUUCCAGCUUCUCUAUGUGGUGGACGGCCUGUGGAAUGAGGAAGCCAUCCUGACCACCAUGGAUUUGAUGCAUGAUGGUUUUGGCUUCAUGUUGGCGUUUGGUGAUCUGGUGUGGGUUCCCUUUACCUACACUCUGCAGGCCUAUUACCUGGUCAGUCACCCCAACCCCCUGAGCCUCCCCGCCGUUGGAGCCAUCAUCACACUCAAACUUGUUGGCUUCUACAUCUUCAGGAAAUCCAACUCUGAGAAAAACACCUUUAGGAGAAACCCAUCAGACCCUAAACUGUCUCAUCUGAAGACUAUUCCCACAGCGACAGGGAAGAGUCUGCUGGUGUCUGGCUGGUGGGGAGUUGUCCGCCACCCCAACUACCUAGGAGACCUUAUCAUGGCUCUGGCCUGGUCUCUACCUUGUGGCUUCAGCCACUUCCUCCCGUGGUACUACAUGAUCUACUUCGUCAUCCUGCUCGUGCACAGAGAUUCCAGAGACAUGAGCGAAUGCAGGCGGAAGUACGGCUCAGCGUGGGAUGAGUACUGCAGAACUGUUCGCUACAGGAUCAUUCCCCGCGUCUAUUGAGGAACCCAGCGCCAGACACUCCCUAGCUGAGGCCUUUUUUGACCCAAUAUUAUGGCUGUGAAAGCUCACAAAAACCCAAAUAUGAAUGGACUGACUGACUGAUUUGUCUUUUUAGAGGCUUUUUUAAAACCAAGAAUCUUUAAGAAAAAAAAAAAUCUUGAUUCUGGACUGAAGGUGCUACAGUUCUUUGAAUUUUUUGAUGGAAGAAAAAAAGACAGUCAUUAUAUAUAUGGAUUGUUUGAAGAAUUGCCUUUUUAAAUAGAAAAUACUCAAAAAACAUAUACUUUUAAAAGUUUACAUAAUGGGUUGGAAAAAAAGCCUCUGCGAGGAAUGUCUUAUUAGGAUGUAUAUUUUUGUAUAUACACAUUUGUUUUUAUACUCGCCACUUGCAUAUUUUUUGGUCUGUGCUCACACAUUCAAAACAUUCAAAUAUCAGCUUGGCUUUAAAGAAUAAUUUUGUAAGUACACCUUCCUACUAUAAUAAUACUGCUCAUGUAUAUUGUGAAGGAUGGGAUUAAAAAAUCUUUUUAAAUGAUGAAUUUUAAACCUGUACAGUGGAACUCAUGUUCUUUCUCAGGACCCAGGAUGAUGUCAGAAAGUUGGAUUAGAGAAGUUUUGUCUUGAUAAUUUUGUUGUGUAUAAUUUUAUAUAGAUAUUUAGAUUUGACUUUGAGUUUAAAAUGAUUUUGGUGGUUUCAAGCAAAAUGCACUUAACUUUUCCCUAUGUUAUCCAGUCCAAAGUCUAUUGAUUUGGCUGUGCUACCUCAGGUUCACUCACUGUCCAGUCUUUCCUCCUCUGCCCUCUGGGAGGCAGUGUGUGUAAUUAUGAGUGUAAUGUCACUGCUUAAGAGGAAAAUGAGUUAGACUUGUUUUGCAUUUCAACAACAAUUUUAGUAUCUGUACCCAUCCACAUCACACAAGUCAUGCCUUUAGAAUGAAACUGACUUUCAUUUUCUGCAUAUUCUGAUGGUGCUGACAAAACAUUUCUGUUUUGUCUAGUUACUUUCUAGAGAUAUUAUGAACUGCUUGUUAUUUUUCCACCACUGUCACAGGAAUUUGGUUUGAACCUAUUAAAGCUUUAACAUGCCAGGUCAAAUGACAAUUCUAAUGAAGUUUAUACUGUGACCAAAUGCGGAGCCUUUGACUGUGUUGGCAUUUAUAACCUGUGCAUUUGCAAACCCAAAUUAUUUUUAUGCACGUGCAGCUGUAGAUAAGUAGCAAUACAUUAACUAGACUAGGUCGCAUUUUUUUAUGCUGUGCUGACUGAAUACCAUGUAAAUAUUUUUGAAAUCAUCUUAUUUUGAGUAAAGAGGUGACAGUAGUUGAAAUAGUAAUGUUACUUAUUAGAUAUUUAAUGUUGCUUUUUUAAGUUAACUACCUGAUUUUGACCACUGUAGUGAUGUUUACAGCUAGAUCUGCCAUGUUUUGGACUAUACUUCAAAAUGUAUUGAAAUUAUUGUGAAAUGUUUUCUCUCUCAUCAGAAAAACAAGAGGAAAACACAUUGGAAAAUUGAAGCCACAAUCUUUUAUUUCUCUGCGCACAACAUGGUGAUUUUCUUUCUUAAUUUUAUUUGGUAAAUUUUAUUUUGGUAAAUUUCUUGGUUUGGCAGGCUGUCAGUGGAAAGCAAUAUGGAUAUAUGACAACAAUGAAUGAGAAGUUAAGAGGUCCAGCAGGCUGUCAGAGAGGAUGAAUCAAUCUGUGACAGUGGCUGGAAAAAGCUUAUCUGUACAAAUGUUGCAGCAUAAAAUAAAAGUUUACAGUAUUUCCUUUU